UGACGUUAAGCCAAAGCGAGGGCAGGCAGGAAUCCCACAAUAGCAGGCAAAGGUUUUUUUGUUUUUUUUUUUGAGGCAGAGCUGGGCUGGUGGCUGUUUCAAUCAAAGGAAAGGCAGAGAGGGAAGGGAGGCUCUGCGGAGAGAUGUUAAGAUGGCAGAGCUACAAAUGUUGUUAGAGGAAGAGAUUCCGGCCGGUAAAAGAGCGCUCGUGGAGAGUUACCAAAACCUGACGAGAGUAGCAGACUACUGCGAGAACAAUUAUGUCCAGGCCCAGGACAAGAGGAAAGCUCUGGAGGAAACCAAAGCCUACACCACCCAGUCCCUGGCUAGCGUGGCCUACCAGAUUAAUGCCUUAGCCAACAAUGUGCUGCAGCUGCUGGACAUCCAGGCCUCGCAGCUGCGGCGCAUGGAGUCUUCCAUCAACCACAUCUCUCAGACGGUGGACAUCCAUAAAGAGAAGGUGGCCAGGCGAGAGAUCGGGAUCCUGACCACUAACAAGAACACAGCAAGGACUCAUAAGAUCAUAGCGCCGGCCAAUAUGGAGCGGCCAGUCAGGUACAUCAGGAAGCCAAUUGACUACACUCUACUGGAUGAUGUCGGCCACGGCGUUAAGUGGCUAAAAGCCAAGCAACAUGGAAACAAUCAGUCGAUCAGAGGAGGAACACUAUCGAGGACCAAUCCGCCGACGCAAAAGCCGCCCAGUCCGCCGAUGUCUGGGCGUGGCACGCUUGGACGCAACACGCCCUACAAGACCCUGGAGCCAGUGAAGCCGCCCACGGUUCCCAAUGACUACAUGACCAGCCCCGCCCGACUAGGCAGCCAGCACGGACAGCAGCAGAGCCCCGGGCGCACGGCGUCGCUCAGCCAGAGGCAACGCACGCACAGUGGAAGCAGCGGGGGCAGCGGCAGCAGGGAGAACAGCGGCAGCAGCGGAAUUGGCAUUCCCAUCGCCGUGCCUACACCCUCCAUCCCUAACUCUGGACCAGCUGUGGCCCCUGGACCUGGUCUGGGACCCGCUCCAAUGUCCCAGUUUGGAACCAUCUCGCGGCAGAUUUCGCGGCACAACUCUUCCAACUCCUCUGUCUCUAUGGUUUCGGCCACGGGCACCUACCGGCGGGCGCCGUCGGUCACUUCGCAGUUCUCCUUGCAGCAGCAGCAGCAGCAGCAGCAACAACAGCAACAACAACAACAGCAGCAACAGCAGCCUCAUAUUAAUGGAGGCACUCCUGGCUAUGGUCAGAACUCAAUGUCUAUCGCUCCUCCUCCUCCCCCCAUGCCCCAGCUGACUCCACAGAUACCUCUGACUGGCUUUGUGGCCAGGAUGCAGGAGAGCAUUGCAGAUACUCCUACUCCUCCUCCACCUCCUCCUCCAGAUGACAUGCCCAUGUUUGACGACUCGCCACCGCCUCCGCCGCCUCCUCCGGUGGAUUACGAGGAGGAAGACGCCGCAGUCGUGCACUACAACGACCCCUACGCCGACGGAGACCCCCAGUGGGCUCCCAAGAGCUACAUCGAGAAAGUGGUGGCCAUCUACGACUACGCCAAGGACAAGGACGACGAGCUGACUUUCAUGGAGGGCGCCAUCAUUUACGUCAUCAAAAAGAACGACGACGGCUGGUUCGAAGGCGUGUGCAACGGCACCACCGGCCUCUUCCCCGGCAACUACGUGGAGUCCAUCAUGCACUACGCCGACUGAAGGGACCUUUCAGUUAAAGUACAGCAUAUUUAUUCAGUCAUAUCACAAUCCACUGAGAGACUGACGGCAGAAAUCUGACUCCCGAGAUGCAUAACCACGUGAUCCCCCCCCCCCCCCGCCGCCCUUUUUCUUUUGAUAUGACGGAAUGUUUUUCCCUUACUGAUUGCAAAUAAAAUGACAAAGGUAUAUCUAUUUAGUUAAUUUUGGUGUUAUGGACAGGUGGGGAACAUUUAAGGAACAUGUAAAAUAAACUUUUUUUUUUUUAAUGAAUUGGACUGCACAUGCUCACACAGUUGAAGGAUGUAUGGUGAGAUCUUGCCUGAACAAAACACUUUCUGAACAAGUUUUUAGGUUUCGAUGGAACAAAUAAAAAUGUAACGUAAGCACCUUCAGUGGAAGUGUUUGUACCGUUGGUUGUACAUAAUCCGAGCUGCAGCCACUCCGGGAGGGAAGGGGGGGUUCUGUAAUGUAAAUUCAGUGAAUGUCGAUCAUAUGAUGCUUUUCAUUAGUGGUGCCGCCCUCCUCCUCCUCAACUCUGUAAAUGACAGAUGGACUGUUGGUGAUUCGCAAAUAAAUACUGUAAAUCGUAUUUCAAAGGAAAGAAAACUUACUGCGGGAAAAUCAGUCUCGGCGUCAAAGCAUGGAAAAAUUUUUCAAGAGCUAAUGUAAUUUUAAGUUUAUUGCCAUUAUCCUUCCAUUAUGUUGUAAAUGUAUACACCUUUGCUUUCUCAUUACACUGUUGAAAUCACUUCUUUAAAAAACUGAAGUAAAUGACAGGCUCGUCCCUUUUAUCGCCUUCUUUUAAAUUUCAUGAAUUUGGGUCCAUCUAAAGCAAAGACAUUCCAUCCAUUUUCAGCUUAUUAUGGAGCAUUUUAGGAUUCACUGUUAAUUUUAUAUGCAGAAAAUGUGGAAGAUCUUUCGGUGACUGGCAGGAAUAUCAUUCCUGUGCAUAUGGGUGACAAAUUAAAUGAAAAACAUGAACCCGUGACCCCCAACCUUAACGUGAAGGGACUGUUUAGGUCCUCAAACCUUGUCUUUUGUGCCCUGCUUCUGAACCUGUGCACUACAAUUUUAGCAAAGUAAACAUGAGGACAACCACAGCACAGGGUUUUUUUCUCUCUCUCUGCCCUUCAUUUGUACAUAAUAAAAUGUUGAUUGAGAAAUUUAUGUACAGUGUUUUAUAAUAAACAAAUCUAUGUACAACA